GGGAGACGGCGGGGCCGGUUGGUGGCGGUGCGGAGGAUGCGGGAGGCCGAGGUCGCGACGGAGCUCGGCGCAGGUAAUGCUUUUGUGAACCACAACUGUAAAUAUUCAGCCAACUGCUCCUGUCCACCAAGAUCUCCUCUGUUCGCUGUGUUUUUUCAAGAUGAGUCAUUGUAAAUUAACUCCCAAGCUCUCUAGCCAAUCUCCUACCCUUCAUACCAGCUUAAAGAUCCAGUCCAGACAGCCACCUUUUAAGAAAGAAGACUUACACCUGAUUUCAGAAGACUCCUUGGAAUCUGAUUCAGAAAGCCUCAUGCAAGAGAUUAAGUCCCAGUCUGAACUUGAAGACCGAAUCCUGGACAACUAUAUGGAGGCUGACAGCUUAGAGGGAGGAAGCCCUCUGCGGGGUAGCCUGAGUGAGACAGAGGGGGAAGCCAGCUUCGGAGCAGCUCAGACGGAAGGCAGGGAAAUCCUCCACAGUCAGGACGAUGGUAUGAAAACCAGCCAACAGCCACUAGAAGACAAAUAUUCGGACCUCCGAUAUGACCCAAACUGGAUGAAUAAAAGAAAGGAGGGCAAGUUAUUGGCUCUACACGCAUUAUCCGAGUCUGUAGGCAGCUGUACAGAAAAUCUGCCUUCGGAACCACUCUAUCCUUCCAAGGAGACGUCGAUGGAACUCCCGGAGGAGAAAGGCAAACAGGAGGGGAGCCCACGGAGUGAAGCCUCUUUACUUGGUAGUGAAUUUUUAAGCCCAAACUAUGAGCGUGGCGCCCACGGCAGCGAGCCGUUUUCCGGGCUGAGCGACAGUGACCUGGAAGCGAAGUCCAGCACCUUCUCUCGGUACUUUAAGAGUUCAAGUUCACAUAAUGAAGUUUUCCUGCCAGGAUCCCGUGGCCCUCGGCGGAGGAAGUCCAGACAACAUUUUGUGGAGAAAAACAAGCUGACUUUGGGAUUACCCACUCCUAAAACAGACUCUUACCUUCGACUUCACAACAAAAAGAGGGGGGAAACUCAACCAGAACAGAUUUCCUACCCCAUCAAAGUAACUGCCAAGAUGUCUAUUCAGAAUGCCAGAGAGACUGAGAAGGCUGCUGCCCGUCUUGAAGACCGAUGGCACGAUGGAGCCCAACAGCUAAAGGAUUACCAGGAACCCUGGUCUCAAUAUGAAACUGCAAAAUCAAGCAGUGUACUAUCAAGAGAGCAGUCAUCUGAACCUAGCAACGGCCAGCAACCUUCCAGAAGACCAGCCAAGCACAAGAUCCAAAAACUGCAUAAACACCAGCCUGGCCUGAAGUCUUUGGUGACUGAAGAGCUGGUGGUCAGCAAAGGAAACCAGAACAGCACUCCCAGACAGCAACAAAAUCAAAAUAAGCCUACUGAUACUUCCGUAAAGCAUGAAACAAUCGUGAUCAUGAAUGCCCCUCGCAAUGACUUGCAGUUCUCACGUGCUCUCCAGAGCCAGAAUCCCAAAGUCACCUCCAGUAAAUUCAUUCCACCACCACAGGCUUCUGACAAGGCAUUACAUAAAAACUCUGCUGGUUAUCACUCGGUGAUGAAUGGUAAUACAGAAAGAGGACAUAAAGACCAAGAAGAGAAAAGAUUUUCAUACGAGCAGCCACACAUCAACACUCUUUCCAACAUGGACUUGAACUACGUUAAUGAAUUUCCUAAGAGACAGGUGCCCCUGAGCCGGAAGGGCUUGCAUUCUGUGUCCAGCAUCAAUGGCAGUGGAUCGACUGAAAAUAAGAAGCAACCCAAACAGACUUAUUCUGAGACAAAGUAUAAGAAUUUAGAAAUAUUAUGGAAAUUCCAUUCUUCCUCUGACAGCCAACCUGUAGGAGCUUCUCCAGAUUUGCAGCUCACGCAGAUUAUGGAGCAACACCAGCGAGCCUUAAUGCACCUGACUGAGGUGCAGCCCAGUGAAGGGGCCUUACCUGGCGUCACGUUUCCACCUAUAUUGUCCAGGGUAGAAAGUGAAUCCCACCUCGGUCCAGAGAGAAGCCAAAGAAACCAAAUGAAAAUGAGUCGUAGCAAUUCCGAAGGCUAUCUGCUUCAACUGGAAAAAGGAAAAAAGCCUAGGAAAAGCAGCAGCAUUAAGAGUUCCAAGCUGAAAGAUUAUCAGAAAAGAGACGUGAAGCUUGGAGGCCUUGGACCUGACCUCGAGUCCAUCAGACACAAAAUGCAGAAGUUAAUACAGCAGAAGGAAUAUGCAAAGCAAGUGAAACAGUAUAACAUGAAGGCGCUCUCCACGCUGUCAAAGCCACCAACAGCAAAAACUGAAAAUAAACCUGCCAUCCCUCGGCAGAAGGCUUUGGAAUAUGCUAAGACCAUCCCCAAACCCAAACCUUCAAAUCUAACUGGUCAAACAUCAAAAGAAAAGAAACCUCCAAACUAUGCUGGAAAAGAAGACACUUUACCUGAAAUCUCCCUGCUGGAAAUACUGCAGAGCAGACACGAAAGGGAAAAACAGGCUGUUGCUGCUUUCAAAGUCCUUCACAUCGUGUAGACAAUAUGUGUGCAGGACACCCAACACACCCGAGGAAUGGACGUAAAGAAAAGAAACUCCAGCCAACCUCUCUGUUUGGAGAGCGCUGACCUGUUUUCAUCAUUCAACUGCAGUCUAUACUCGCUUUGUACAGGAUUUAAAAUAUGGGGCCCUAUUACAUUAUGGUGCCAUAUUUUACUUUUGAGGAAGAAAUCAAUGCUUUAAUUUAUUUUCAAAUCAGUUAGAAUCUGGGCGAAUAAGAACUAGGGAAUAAAGCCUUUUGGUUUUAUAUCGGAUCUUUGGAUUCCUUAAACAAUCACUAUCCAUCCUUAGCAUAAUGAAAACCUUGAAGUUAUCCAGAAAUAAGUUUACCUACUUGUGUUUCUCUCUGACCUUCCUGAUAAGAAAAAGAAAGUACAAACACUUCAAUUUCUACUAAAGUGAAGUCAAAUUGGAGUAAUCACCACUGUAUUUUGAGAUACCAUUUCCUAAAUAUUUCUAAAGUCUCUUUUUAGCAAAGGGUUUAUAUAUACAAGUGGGAAAAAAAAAAUGAAGGUACAUCUACAUGUACCUACUAUAGUAGAACAAAUCCCAAGGUUGUGCUAACAGAGCAUCAAGACAUUAAUUAGAAACCCUCCAACAAGUCCAGAAACACCCAAUUCAGGCAGCUCUGAGAGAUACACUUUCUCAAAGCUACUCACUCCAAGUACAUAAACAUGUUGGGCAUCUUGCAAUCACAAGUAUAUUAAAAUAUUACCAAAUAUGUGCAUUCACACAGAAAGUAAUAUCAGGCAAGACAAAAGCAUUCCAUAUUUUAUUACUGAAUGUCAAUAUUAAUAAAUUUUAUUUUCUUAUCUUUUGAGACUGAGUAAACAUUGUAAAAUUUCCAGGUCUUAAAAGAAUUACUGAAGGAUUUAAUGUUUUCUUUUUUUUUUUAUUAAAGUAUCAUUGAUAUACAAUCUUAUGCAGG